CGUCGAUGUCAACAUUGUCGUUGGAAACCAGGGUGGUACAACAACCUGUUGGAUUUCGUACGGUCACACCGCGGCCACUCGUCACGCAACACAAUAAACAUUUAUUGGGAACUCGCAAGGAAUUGACGUUGUCCACAGAGUUUGGAGAAACCUACAGCGUAAUAGGGACUGAACACUCCUCAGUGAAUUCUCCUGGUCCACCCUUCGUUCCUAAUUCACCUUCUGACGUCAGUGUGGGAAGUUUGGUAAAAUUCUCCAGGCCAGGUGGUAGGAUAAGUAAUGGAUUGGUGAAAUUCAAGGGAUAUCUACCGGGAAGAUCAGGAAUAUUCCUUGGAGUGGAAAUGCAACACGAAAAUGGAAAGCAUGAUGGUGUUUUCAAUGAAGAGAGAUACUUCAAAUGUCGUGCAAACAAAGGAAUUUUCAUCAGCUACCAAAAAGUCAUCUUAGUCAGAGGAAACUGAAAUUCUGUUAUUAAGUUUUUGUAAUUUGGAGGUCUAUAUAUUUUACUAGCACUAUUUCACUUCUUAUUGGUUAACACCAUUGGUCACCUCCUGAAAUCUUCUGUGGAUAGCCGAUACAAGGAUAAGAUGUUACCAGGUGAUAUUUUAAAAUGACAGACACAUUGUAGUCACUCACAAUCAAGAACAAAAAUUUAAGUUUAAUCCUUUUCUUAUAUUUACUAAUAGUUAUUGCUGAACAUUAAAUACAAACAAUUGUUAUGGCAAUAAUGUAAUUGUUGCACAAUUAUUUCACCCACAAUGCAUCAUUCAAAAUGGCUCUAUCUAGAUCUUUAUUUUUG